CAAAAGAAUUGUGCAACUUUAUACAAAUUCACACAAUGAAUGUCGUUCGAUUAAACACUUUCUAUAUUUUAUUUGCAAAAUAAACUAUUACUAAAUAGUUUAAAUAGUAAACUAUAUUGAUUUUUACUUACUGUGAAUUAAUUGUGAUUGUAAACAUGAGAAAUACCUAUAAGCUGCCUAAUUAACGACUUGUCAGUCAAUCAUAUGUUAGUAAUUAAUUAUGUCAGUGUUUGUUUACUAAUGACAGUUUUGAUAAUCAUAAUACAAUGAAUCUUCCUGGAAAUGCUGGAGAGUCGUCGUGUAAACGACAAGAAAAUGGCGACGCUACCACAGAACCUGACCGCCCACUUAAGAAAGCACGCUUUGCUUGGGAAGUUAAAGGAAAAUAUCAUUUGAGAAAUGAGAUUUCAGAUGAAAAAUCUAGUACCUUAAACGAAACUGAUAGAGCCGGCUCCUCAUCGGAACAUGAAUGUGAGGCAAAAUUAGUAGGAAAUACUGAACAAAACCUUGAAAUCCUUGGUGAUUAUCUAUUGAAACAGGAUUUCAAUUCCUUAGAUUCUAUCACUGAUACCAAUACAUCACUAUUGCCUAGUUCAAGCAUACCAACAGAAAAACUGUCAUACCCGAGAUAUAUUAGUACAUUUGAAAGUAGCAGCCGAGACUUCAGUGAAAGUAGCAGCAGUACUGGUGAACGAAUGUCAAUUCCUAAAUCAAUGGUUUAUUCUAAUAAAGACAUAGAGGAUCAGUGCAUUGCACGAUGGCAGGCAAGACAGAUGGCAAAAUGCUUUGUUGACAAUACAAUAAACCGUGUCCUAGAUAACUGGAUGAUAGCUCCCUUGCCUGCCGACAUGGACAAUAACAGAGUUCUUGCUCUCGAUGCGGCAGAAUUUAUUAACAAUUUGCCGGGUGACAAUAGUAUAGAAAAUGAGGCUAUACUUAUGGCAAUAUCUGCACAUGGCUUACAAAACAAUUCAAGUUCAAGUAGUAGCAAUGAAAAUGAACUAUCACAAAAUUCAAGCAAAGAUUUAUUUUUAUCACCACCUGCAAGCCCUCUCCUAUCAGAUGACGAUACUAAUUCAGAGCCUAAACUAAAUAACGAUAAACAAAUUAAUCUUGAAGAGACAUCUACCAGUGGAAUAGACAUGUCAUGGAACUUCACAAAGGAUGUAAAACAGAAUGCCAAUAGUAAUUUACCUUUGUCAUUUUAUCCCGAAACAUCCAGUUCUUCUUAUCCAUAUUAUAAUGACUCUGAUAAUCUAAAUAGUAGCAAUAAUGAUUUUGAUGGAGAUGAGAAUGUCAACUCUAAUGAUAAUGAUAUCAUGACAAAUCAUUAUGAUUUUCUUGAUGCUGCUGUUUCAUUUGCUAUACAAUACAAGGGUCUUACUUCAUAUGGGACAGAUUAUGGAUAAUAUACAAGAUAAAAAAAUAGCAUAGAUAUUUGCUGACUUAAAUUUAUUAUAAGUAGUUUAACCACAAAAGAUUUUCGGUUGUAAGAUGUAAGUGGUGCAAAAUAGGUUAACAAUUUAAUGUGAAUAUAUUGUCAUAGUGCCGUGCAUACUGUCUGUUACCAUGUUUAUAAUUAAUUUACAAUCUCUACUGCACAAGAUAUGAAAUCUUUUGCCAUGCCAUUAUUUUUUCAUUCAACAAAAAGAUUUAGAUCUGAUUUUGUACAUAUCUUAUUUGUUAUAAAGACCAUACUGUUUAAUCUAGAUUUUUAAGAAAAUGUAUAAUAAUUUUAUAUGAGUUGAUCAUAUUUGGAAGCAAUUUGGAUUUGUGUUAUAUAAAGUUCAAAUGUACAUUAAAAUAUAGGUAAUUAUAGUAGUACUUAUUAAUAUUCCAUUAUUAUUGAAAUUGUGCACACAUUGAGGGGUUUAAUCAUGAAAGUGAUUUAUUAAUCUACAAAUAUCAUUACAACUUGGAAUAUUUACAGUAACAAAACCCCAUUUAAAUGUUAUACAUAUAUGUACAGAUAUGAUGCUUAGAUUUUGUGUAAUUAUCCAAUAUAAUUUGAAACUUGCUUUAAAGUAUGACAGUUGUUGGAAAGUUGCAAAAUAAUUGUGAUAUUAUUUUAAACUAAACUCUUGAAGUAAAAAUCAAUUUUAUUAGAAAGUACAAAGUAUUAAUAUAAAUUCAUAUCAAGGUGGAUAGUAAGGUUGCAGAUUUAUUAAAUGAUUUUUUGAUUUACUUAUAUAUAAGUUAUGAUUUAUUAUAUUUUUAUACACUCAUAUUUAAUGUAUUACUUAUUUUGCUGUUGAUAGUUAUAUACUUACGGAUGUAAUGUAAAAGGGCUUAUUCUGAUAGACAUAGCUGGAUUGUAUGCCAUAAUGACAUGAGUAAUUAUAUUGUCAAUAAAAAUAUAUAUGUAUAGCCUAUGCAUUCU